UUCUAACCCAAAUCUUCCAGUAAAACUUGCCAUGUAUCCAGUCAGCAAACGGCUGAAAGAGGGGUAUGCAGAAAAGAGGGACAUCACUGAAAUUAUUCCACAAUUAAAGGAGGCUCUGAGCUUGGAGAACUACUCCACAUACUUCUCAGCACUGCUGCACAUAGAAGAACUGAAGAUGGAAGUAGACAUGAGAGAAUUUGAUAUAGAAAGGGCUAGUAUGAGACCUAGAGGGGAGUUCUUAUCCUUAGAGGUACCGGGUCUAGCUGAAGGAAGACCUUCUGUUCUCGUUGGGGAUAAAGUCAUCUUGACAGAGCCCUACUCAAACCCAAACAGUCCACGAUAUGAAGGAUUCGUCCAUGAGGUGCAUGGUGAAGAUGUCCUCUUGAAAUUCCAUCCUCAUUUCCAUGAUUCUUAUGGGGCAGAGCUAUUCAGUGUGAUGUUCACCAUCUCAAGAACACCUUUGAGAAGAUGCCACCAAGCCGCUGAGUAUGCAACAAUCAACCUAGGAAAAGAAGUCCUGUUUCCAAGUGAGCUGAGAGCCAAGUCCCCGCAAGUGGAGAUCACCUUUGCGAUCAUCCAACGUUCAGUUGUGUAUCCAGGCCGUCCCAGGACUAUCAUCAAGCUACCCACUCCAAAGAACAUUCAAAGACACUUCCCAUCAGGGACAAGUGCUACAAAAGAGUCCUCACAGCCACAAGGUACCCUCGAAAGCACCAUCGAGAGCAGCACAGGAUCUACUGGAACAGAUGCCAGCCAGGACAUCCGAUUAGCUCGGAAAUCCUCAGGGGUUGACAAAGACUCUGAAGAACCCAAGUUUCUUGUACCCAAUGCCCUUUUGGAUGGAGUAGCUACUACAUUGGAGAUGACAGAGAGUGGUGAUGGUGAUGACAAGGCAGAGUUCUUUAACAAUAAGCUGAAUGCUCGACAGAGGUCUGCCGUCAUGAGAAUACUCAAAGGAGAAGGUAGACCAACUCCCUACAUCCUAUUUGGACCUCCAGGAACGGGGAAGACGAUAACUGUAGUGGAAACUAUUCUGCAGAUUCACCACCAUUUACCAUCAAGUCGUAUCCUGGCCUGUACACCCUCCAACAGUGCUGCAGAUCUCUUGGCCGAAAGAUUACAUCAGAGUGGUGCGGUGAAGAAAAUAGACAUGGUCAGACUGAAUUCCUUCCGAAGGUCAGACGUGAACAUACCAGAGUGCAUCCUACAGUACUGCAGCAAUGGAGAAGAGCUUCAAGCUGUAGGACACCAUAGGAUCAUCAUCAGCACUUGUUCUACAGGGGGAUCGUUCUAUUCGCUUGGGUUGAAACCUGGUCAUUUCACUCAUGUCAUAAUAGAUGAGGCGGGGCAAGCCACUGAACCCGAGGCUCUUGUUGGUUUAGGGCUAGCUGCUGGGCCUGAUGGACAAGCUGUUCUAGCCGGUGAUCCAAUGCAGUUAGGACCGGUUUUAGCCAGUUCUCAGGCUGGUGAACUAGGCUUAGAGCAGUCACUGCUAGAGAGAAUGAUGAAACGAGACAUGUAUCAGAGAGAUAGCAAAACAUUCAGGGACCAUGGUGGCUACAAUCCACUGCUGGUAACAAAGCUUGUGAACAAUUACCGAUCCCACCCUGCCUUGCUGAAGCUUCCUUCUCAGUGUUUCUACCACGACGAGCUCAAUGCCUGUGCCAGUAUCGAGAUGAGAGAGAUGGCUUGUGCUUGGGACAAGCUCCCUAACAAGAAUGGUUUGCCCAUUCUCUUUCAUGGGAUCCAGGGAGCUGAUUUAAAGGAAGGGAACAGCCCAUCCUGGUGCAACCCAGCUGAAGCCGUUCAGGCAGUGUCAUACCUUCAGGAUCUUUUGAGCUGCUCUGAACUGAACCUCAAGGAGACUGACAUAGGAAUCAUCACACCAUACAGGAAACAGGUUGAUAAGCUGAAUCUACUCCUGGACAGUGUGGAUAUCUUGGACACCAAAGUAGGAUCAGUUGAAGAGUUCCAGGGCCAAGAGAGACCAGUCAUCAUCAUAUCUACUGUGAGGUCAAGUUCCAGUCUAAUGGCCUUUGACCUCCGUCAUCAGCUUGGUUUCCUUAGCAACCCAAAACGUUUCAAUGUUUCCAUCACUCGACCCCAAGCUUUGCUCAUCGUGGUUGGAAAUCCACAUCUUCUUGUCAAUGACUAUUACUGGAGGGCGCUGCUGAAGUACUGUCUGAAGAAUGGUGCCUAUGUAGGGUGUGAGCCACCAAGUGAGGAAACAAUGAAGAGAUUGGACGGUCAACAGGGAGAGGAGAAGGACGGAGAUGAAGAGGAGAGCAUCCAAGAUACUGCAGAAAAAGAGCAUCCAAAGGAGGAUGAGGAAGUGGUUGAAAAACCAAUGCAAAUCAUAGAAGUACCUGAGACAAGUGAGCGGGUGCAGGUGGAUUCCUUGGCAAAGGGGAGUGGCGAGGUGGGAAAAGAUGGAGCUUCAAGUCCUGUAGAGCAUAUUUAUUCAGAACACAAAGUGUCUGUCACAGAAGAAGAGGGCGAUGUCAGAAGAGCUGACAGUCAUUUUGAUGAUAGUGUAGAGAGGCUUGUGGAUGGAGGUGAUGACGGGGAUAUUGUACAAAGUGUGAUACAGGAAAGGGCAGAUGUUUCGAAUACAGAAGCAAGCAACUCUUCAGAUACUGUCAGUGAUGUUCCAGCUUGCAGCUCUCCCGUUGUUGAAGUAAAACAUGUGAAAAGAGAUUUAGAACAAGGAGAGGUAGUAGUCAGCAAGGAGGAGAAGAAAGCAACAGAGAUCUGGGACGUCUAUGACAGCGAUGCUUCAGAGGUCACAUCAUCCACGCCUUGGUGCCCAAUGGAAGAGGACGUUCCAAACGCAGAUGGCUUGACAGAUCCGAGUAGAGGAUGGUAUGACACCACUGGUGACCCCUUACCUGACCAUGUCAUCAUCAAUAGUGACAUUUCAUCAGCUGGGAGUGACCAAGGAUCGCAGGAGAUCUAUCCAUCAAACACCAUUCAUCCCGAGAAAAGUGCUAUUCCAAAUGAUGUUCCUUGUAUGCCUCUCAUAGGAUCAGGAUAUGAGAGAGAUAAGAGAAGAAAUGGCAGGACGAGAAGUGAAGGAGGGCAUCCUCCAAGGAGAGGAGGCAAAGUUGAUUAUCGGCCUUUAAAAGAAGAGCCUCCCUGUGAGCGCAAGAAGCUGGUAUUGCAGAAGAGAACACAGCCGAUUGAACAGAGUCCUAACAAGGCUGCUAGUGCAUCUUCCAUCUUCGGAGGAGCGAAGCCAGUAGACACAGCCUCUAGGGAGAGGGAUAUUACAGAGAGAGUAGAGAAGGAAAGGAGACAGUUUGGACCUGAGCGUAUGGGUGCCCGUGUACGACAAGACAGUGAGAGGUCUGGAGGUAGAGAAGGAAGAAAUCAUCACAGUAGCUCUGGCUCUGACAGGGAAUGGUCUAGACCAGUAACACGGAGAAGAGAAAGUGAAAGAUCAAAUGAGGAAGAAGUGUUCUAUAAAGAUGACCAUGUGUCAGCCUCACCUAAUCCAACAUCUGGAAGAGUUAGCCAGCAGGGUGAUGUUAGGAACAGGAAUUCUCAAAGAGCAACUCCCAGUUCCAAGAAAUCUCCAAGACGUUACCAAGAUAGUCAAAGACAAGUGCCAUGGAGGGAAACGGAGAGGCAAAUGCCAAGUAAAUCUAGUCCUCAAGGUACUGAACAGUCCCGUGUAAGAGAUCAUGUUAACUCUGUAUCUGAUCACACUUCAGUGAACAGUAUGAAAGAUGAUUCGGAUGAAGAGACAGGAGAAGACUUCAGUGCUUCUUCUUGGGCAUCAGGACAUCACCACAGUAACCCAGAGAAAAGAGGGCAUCCUCUGAAUUCUGGAAUGAAUGCAAGAUUUCAAGUUGCUACCGCUGUUCCUGUCCAACCCUCUGCAAAUAAUUUCUGUGAUAAUGACUCAAAAAUUAAUAGCACAGGAAAGUCACAAGGUCAACAAAUUUCAUCUUCUCAGUUCUCACCUUCGUCUAAUAAUUCCAGAGGUACAGGAGACUUUGUAAAGUACGUCAGCAGAGGAAGGGGACUGGUGGCCAGUGCUUCCGCUUUUGCUGAGCCUAACGUUGGUAAGAAAGGACCCGGUCCUAAGAGUCCAAGAUCCCCUCAGGGAGUGGCUCAACAAGCCAAAGGUAGCCCUCCAAUCGCUUCCAAUGCAGGAUUUCAGAAUGCCCAGAGGGAUCAGUACAGGUCUUAUCCGUCUCCUGGAUUUGGUCGAGGGUUUCACAAACCCAGACAGACGCCAGAAGAGCACUCCCCAGGGUAUCAAGAGGGGUUUAGAGGAAACGGAAGGGGAUUCAGCGGGGGGAGGGGUCGAGACAGAGGAAGAGGUCGAGGCAGAGGUCUGCUAGCCACUAACUUUAACUUUGGACAGUGAUAGAAAUCAGAAAAUUGGAGAAAUGAUAGAUGGAAAUAUACCAUGUAUGCUAUGUAUAAUUGAGUAGGUGCAACCAUUUCACUGUUUCACAGUAAUGACCUCCAGGAAAAAAUGCAUAAAAAUCGAAAGAGCACACUGAUGUGUACAGGAGGAGACAGGAUCAUCAGAGGGGUAGCUUGUUCUAAGUAUAAAUUACAAUAGUUAAAUUGAUUACAUGUAUGUAUGGAUCUAAAAGUUAAAUGAUAUGAAUGUCAAGUAAAUGAUCUGUAAGGAGAAAGACUGCUCAUUUCAGAUGGAAUCAACAUUAUGUAACAUACUUAUCAGUCAAGCAAUAUGAAGUUUUUAGAGUACAUGUAUUGAACUGUCUUUCAUAGAAAUGCUAUCAGAAGCAUGGCAUACUAGUUGAAACUCUGAAAAGCAACUUAUUUCACAUUGGUUUGUGACACCUGUUUAUUUUUUAAAGGUGUUCACAAUUAUUGAUAAUGUUUUGAUUUUUAGCAGUAAAUAUCGGAUAAUGUUAAUAAUUUUGUUGUUGUUGUUGUAGCAUCCUAAUCAUAAAAAAGGUCACAUGAUGUGUUUGGUACACUGCCUGAGGCUUGUUUUUCAUGUUCCUUUGGUUGCACAAUUUUUGUGAGUUACUAUUAACCAUAUAUAACCUAUAACCACCUUAAUACACAGUGGCAUGGACUGCAAGUAUAAACUAAACACCCACAGAAAUAUAUGCACCCCUCCCCCAUGAAAAUUUUAAUGAAAAAUAUACUUGUCAAUAUAUAUUUGCAAAAACAAGAAAUACAUGUAGAUAACAAACUGAAUUUCUUGUUACAUGCUGCUGAAUGUUAUUAAUUUGCUUGACUAUGCCAUUUCAUUAUCUACAACUCAAAUUAUUUCAUUGACUUAAAAAUGUUAAUAGUAUCUUUGGUUGCAAUGUUCAUUUCUAAUAUCUUUACCUUUGUGAUGUCAUGAAUACCAUGAACGUGUAGUACAUGUUGUUUAGAUAGAGGAUUUUUCUAAAAUUGAUUGCCUCACUGCCAUAGGGGGGAAAAUUCUUGUUCGAAACAUUUUUUAAUUUUUUUUCUAGCUCUUUGAUUGAUAAGAUGCAAACAUUAUGAAGAACAUUUUGCUUGAGAGGCUAGAUAAAGAAACAGUUGUCCCACCUAAUGAAGUAUAUUAAACUGUGACAAUCUCUGUUGUUUAUUGUGCAAUACACGAGUACUAUGUAAUAUCAACUCGCAUGAUCGUAAUUUACUCUAACUGUUAUCUAACAUAAGAAGUGCUAGUGUCAAAGAAUUUCAAAUAUAUAAAGGUCUCCCAAAGUGAUGUACUUUUUUUCUCAGCCUUUAAGAAAGGCUGAGUUUGAUACAUAUAGUUUCUGCAUUUGUCAAACAUUAAAGGUCUUUCUAGCCUUUGGGCUGGGAAGUACCGGGUAGUUAUUAAAUCCUGCAUUAAAAAUAUAUUGGUUUUGGAUUGGUUUAGGGCUCUUCACGUGACCAGAAAUAUUUCAACCAUUUUAAGGUUGCUCUGAAAAAGUAAUACAGAGUGAAUGUAGGUUGUCCAUGGAGACAAAUCUUGUAUUAUAAAUUUUGGGAUACCAGUAGUUCCAAAACAUAGAACAGAGAUACAUAUUUGAAAAGGGUGCAGUCUAUUUAAAGUAGACCCUUUGAUGUGGUGAUCGGGUUACAUUCCAUGCAAAUACUGUAUAUACUUCUAUUUUUUACUAUUUCAAGUAAACUGCCUUGAACUUGA